AUGGAGAAGGCAAGGAGUAGUCUAGGGCUUGUUGAUCUAAGCAAACACAACUUUCACCGAACCUUAGAUUCUCUCCAGGAAAGCGCUCAUUCUCUUCUUCUCCUUUCCGUUCAAUGGAAGGAGAUCGAAGGGCACUUCGAUUCCACGAAAGGCCUUCUCGAAGAGCGAGCCAAAGAGCUACAAGCACGUGAGGAAUCACUCAAUGGCCGAGUCAUGGAACUCGAGAGCAAGGAGAAGGAGCUUUCUUCGGUUCACGACUCGUUCGAAGCCAAAGUGGAUGAGUUUGAGAAGAUGGAGGUGAGGUUUCACUCGGAAUGCAAGGAAGCUUUGGAGAGAAGGAAGGCAGAGUUUGAAGGGUUUACAAAGAGAAUCGAGUCCAUGGAGAAGGAACUAGAGCAACAGAGAGAUCUGAGACAUGAGUUUGAGCCACUUGUUUCACUGUUGGGUAAAGACACUGGCUGCUCAAGUGUUGCAAUGUCUACAAACGAUUUGGUCAAGAGAAACCAAGCCUUGGCGAGAUUGAUUCCAUGUUUGGACCCGGCAAAGAUUGUUUUGGAUGCUAUACAAGCGUCUCUUAAAGAUUUUAAUGAUAGUGUUGUUGUUAAAAGUUGCAUCGUUUUGUUGGAGAAACUGAUAGAGAUGAAUCUACCUAUCACAUGGGAGGUGGACCAGGAAGCGACUCAGCUUGGUAUUAACUGGAUAAGCAUAGCAAAAUCUAACACAAACAAUGAAUCUUUGGUGCUAUGUUGCUUGUUGUUUCUGGCUGCUUAUGGUUUGGCCUCUGUGACUACUCGUGAAGUGCUGUUAAACCUUUUGGAGCGUUUCCUUCUGUAUGAUCAAGCGCCGAGACUGUUUCGGCUUCUGGAGUUAGAACAUAGUGUUUAUGGUGUGGUUGAAACUCUAAAGAACAAGGAAGAGUACUUAGCAGUACUGAGAUUCAUAUGUGAGUUCAGGUUAUACAAGCUUUGUCCAAGAGGGAGACCAGGAGCCCUUUUGCAUGAGUACUUGAUUUCAUCAGAUAGAGCUGCUAGAGUUCCUUUUGGAACUGUAAACUUAAUGGAGGCGCAGAAAGCGAGGAGGGAGAAGAUUAAAGCUGAUGCAACCAUGGCACUUGAGUGCAUCCAAGAGAGGAAAGCUGAGCAUAUGUUCCCUCCUAAGAUUCUUAAUAAGCUGAGUCUAUUAAAGAACGGCGAAUCAGCAGCCAAGAGAGCAAUGGAACCAGUUCAUAAAAGUCUUGAGGGGAGACAGAACACAACCAAUGCUGUAGAGAAACUUAAAGCUGAAUCUGUCACUCCUUAUGAACAGAAGCAGCAUGAAGCCAAACGACAAAGAUUAACUGAGCCUAUAACUCCUUCAGGGGAUAAGAUUGGUGAAUCAGGAGAUGCCAGUCCAACUCAUCCUUUAAGCACUGAAGCUAAGCCAAACAAUCUCUGUGGCUCCAUCAGCGCAGACAUGUUAAGGGAGUUACUAGAAAAGAAACCUCUAGAGCGUGAACUCUCCAAUGCUUUCAGAUGCACAUCAAAUCCAGAAAAGCUAGUUAUAGACACAUCCAUGUCUCUAUGUCCUACAAACCUUGAAGGGAGCUACCAAUUCAAGCUGCUGAUUACUUCAGAUAGCUGCAACUUAUUGUUGGACCAGCUGAAGAAGCUCCCUGUUCAAAUAGGACAUCCAGUAAAAGGGGAUGCAAAGAAACUUGCUGUUUACUGGAGAGAAAAGAUUACAAAGAAUAAGAGUGAUGAGUUAGAAGUAGUUUGUUUCCUAAAGUUUCUAGGUAUCUAUGGGAUAGUGUCAGAGUUCAAGACCAGUGACCUUCUAACUCUACUGGACACCUCUUAUUGGCACACUGCAUGUCCUGAUCUUUGCCAGUUUCUUGGUUUAGACAACGCCAUUACAGGUUUCAUUCAAGACCUCAUAACGACUGGGCAUCGUCUCAAGGCAGUUAACUACAUAUACUCAUUUGGUAUGUUACAUAAGUUCCAUCCUGUUUCUGCUAUUAUAAACGAUUCAUUGAGGAUUACAAAGGAGGCUGCAGAGAAGGCGUUUAGAGACGCAGAGAAUGAACCUGCAUCACAGGUUGCUGCAAUAGACAGGCAGAUCAGGUCCUUAAGAGCCGGCGUCAAAUGCAUAACGUGUCACAAACUCGAAUCAGAGUUUCAGCUCGAAGACCUCGAGGAGAGGAUCAAGUCGCUUUUGAAGCUUAGAAGAAACGUGUCUGAUACGGCAGAACCACCAAGUUUAGGAGAGGUUGGUUCUGUCAGCAGCAACAACACACGUUUGGAACAUUCAACGACGGCUGUUUCCUCCUCUGCUAGCAAACCGGGUUCGAGAGGACAAAAGCGAAGUCAGAGCUCAGUACAUGUUGCUUCUUACACAAGCGAUCAUUUUCCUGAACAUGGCUCUUCCCUGAAUCAAAGACUGACUUGGCCGGUGGAUCAUUACAGCAGAGGUUUCAACUCUGACUACAAUCAUAACCAGUGGACACAACCGGAGGGACCUCCUCAGUAUCAACAAUAUUAUCAACAGUAUGAUCCUUAUCACAGGAAUCAUUUCUAAGUGUAUUAUAGCUUUGUGGGUGAUUUCUUUUUGUUGUUUGCAGCAGAUUUUUCUUA